GAGCCGGGGCGGGGGGCGGGGGGGGGGCGGAUAAAGGGCCCCGGCGGCGCCGCGCCGCGCUCCGCUCCCGCCGCCCCUCCGCCGCCACGGGCAGCGGCACCGAGCGGCCAGGUCCGUGCCGAUGCUGCCCCUGGUCUCCGGUGUGGGAGGAAGCCCCCGUCGGACCCCGGCUGCCCGCCAUGCCCUGGAGCGUCCGGUGGGUCGGCGGCGGCGGCGCCCAGUCGCAGAAGCAGUGCAAGAAAUCCUCCUUCGCCUUCUACCAGGCGGUGAGGGACCUGCUGCCCGUCUGGUUCCUGGAGGACAUGCGGACCAUGGAGGUCUUCCACUGGGAGGACGGCGGCAAGGUGAGCCUCUACUCGCCCUCCGAGGCGCUGCUCUACGCCCUGGUGCACGACCACCAGCCCUACGCCCGGCACCUGCUGACUAAGUUCCCCCAGAGCGCCCUGGCCGUGCCCAGCCAAAGCUUCAGCUGCUGCCAGGCCUCGGCCCCGCACCUGGCCAUGGCCGUGCGCUACAACCGGGUCCGCGUCCUCUUCCGCAUCCUCAAGGCCGUGCAGGGCUUCCCGCCGGGCGACAGGGCCGGCCACCUGGACCGCCGGGGCUGCAGCCGGGUGGAGGGCGGCAAGACGGCCCUGCACGUGGCCUGCGAGCUGGUGCGCCCCGAGUGCCUGCUGCUGCUGCUGGGGCACGGCGCCUCGCCCUGCCUGCCCGACGGCGCCGGGAACACCCCGCUCGACACCUUGCUGCAGCAGCUGUCCCAGGCGCCGGCGGUCAACGCGCGUGCCAAGCUCCUCUGCCUCGACUGCCUCUUCCUCUUCGUGCCUCAGGACGUGCCGUUCGCCAUGAAGCAGCAGCUGCUGGACAACCGGCAGCGCUGGCAGGACCUCUUAGGGGAGAGCAGGUACCGGUGCCUGGUGGGCUUGGCUCCCCCGUCGCUGUUCGUCGGAGCCAUGCGCGUCUUGAUCAGGACCAUUUCUCCCGAGCACUUCCCCGAGGCUCUGGACGAUCUGCCCCUGCCGCAUUUCCUGAAGCCUUUGGACUUGAAGCUGGAGAGCUAGAGGGGGCUGCAGGGGAGCCUCCUGCUCGCCUGACACAACAGACUUGUGCUAAAACCCUACCGGUGCACAAAGCUGCUGAGGCAGCAGCCACCGAGUACCUGUUUAAUUAGAACUGUCUUCUUUCCUUUUUCUUUUUUUUUUUAAAAAAAAAAAAAAAAAGAAAGAGUUGUAUCUGGCACUUUACAGUAUAUUUUAUUUAAAAAUCUUUGUGGUGAGGUGAGGUCUACACUGCAUUUUAUAAAAACGUUAUAUGGCCUGUACUAAUGAGGAUACGUGGGAGAAUAUAUUUGUAAAUACAUCUAAAUAAACCAGCAGCAGAUAAUGA